CAGUCAAACAACUCAAGAUACAGGAAGAGAAACUUAGACAAUGGCUGCAUACGCAAAGAUAAAAAUAUUCUACAUUUCUAUCGGGUUUUGGCUGAUUUUAGGUGUUGAAAGCUACAGUGCUUGGUCAAAUCAUACAUUAACUGUUCAGACUGGAGGAUCUGUCACCAUCCCAUGUCAUUAUGACAAGAAAUACACACAGCAGAAGAAAUCCUGGUUCUCAGAGAUUGAUCAAACAUCCACAUACACAAACACAACAGAGCAGAAUCUAUCAGUAAUUGAUCAUCCUGAUCAGAGUCUCUUUACUGUGACUAUGAGAAACCUGCAGAACAAACACACUGGACUUUAUUAUUGUGCUGUGGAGACUGGAGAACAACCACCGAUAAAAACAAUAUAUGAGCCUUAUCUCAAGAUUCAGUCUGCUCCUGAUGUGUCUGUGUCGAGCAGCAAUGUCUCUGGACAUGAAGGUGGUGAUAUCAGUGUUCAGUGUCUCUACAGUUCUGGAUAUCAGAAUAAAGUCAAACAGUGGUGCAGAUAUAAAGAUCAGAGAUGUUACACAGUGGGGAGCGCUGACAAAUCCCAGAAUUCAUCAGUGCAGAUCAGAGAUGAUGAUGGGAGAAGAUCCUUCACUGUGCUGAUGACUGGACUGAGACGGACUGAUUCUGGCUGGUACUUCUGCUCUGUAGGAGAUGCAAUGAAUCCUGUUCACCUCACAGUUACUGAACCCAAAAGAGUCUUCUGCCUCGGUGGAUGAUAAUUCAGUGAUUUACAGUUCUGCGAUUACCUUUCGUCAAGCACCUUCUUCAUCAGUGAAUCCAGAAGCUGAAGUGAUCUACAGCUCUGUGAAAUAAACUCUCACCUGUGAGUUCUGAAUGAAGUUAUGAGAAAGUGGAAGUCAAUAACUGUAAAUAAUUGUGAAGCUUCAGUGCUUAACAUAUGUAAUACUGUGAAAGCAAACAUAAUUUGGGGGGUUACUCACAGUAAAUGCAGUUUUGUUAGUUGCAAUGAAAUAGUUUUUUAGAAGAGGUAUAUAUUUAAUAUUACAUUUAAUUGUACUUUUAUUCGUUUCAAUUGCACAUAUAUAUAUAUAAAAAAAAAACAAUUCAGCAUGAAAUAAUUGAUAUACCUUGCUUGCACACUUUUUAAAUAUAUUUCCUGUAUGUGUAGCACCAUCUGCUGGACAUUUUUUUUCUUCUACAUAAACGAGCGAAA